AUGCUUGCAGAUCGCAUAUGCUUGCAGAUCGCAUAUGGCAUAUGCUUGCAGAUUGCAUAUGCUUGCAGAUCGCAUAUGGCAUAUGCUUGUAGAUCGCAUAUGGCAUAUGCUUGCAGAUCGCAUAUGGCAUAUGCUUGCAGAUCGCAUAUGGCGUAUGCUUGCAGAUCGCAUAUGGCAUAUGCUUGCAGAUCACAUCGCAUAAUGGCAUAUGCUUGCAGAUCGCAUAUGGCAUAUGCUUGCAGAUCGCAUAAUGGCAUAUGCUUGCAGAUCGCAUAUGCUUGCAGAUCGCAUAUGGCAUAUGCAGAUCGCAUAUGCAUAUGCUUGCAGAUUGCAUAUGCUUGCAGAUCGCAUAUGGCAUAUGCUUGUAGAUCGCAUAUGGCAUAUGCUUGCAGAUCGCAUAUGGCAUAUGCUUGCAGAUCGCAUACGGCGUAUGCUUGCAGAUCGCAUAUGGCAUAUGCUUGCAGAUCACGUAUGCUUGCAGAUCACAUAUGCUUGCAGAUCGCAUAUGGCAUAUGCUUGCAGAUUGCAUAUGCUUGCAGAUCGCAUAUCGCAUAUGCUUGCAGAUCGCAUAUGGCAUAUGCUUGCAGAUCGCAUAUGGUAUAUGCUUGCAGAUCGCAUAUGGCAUAUGCUUGCAGAUCGCAUAAUGGCAUAUGCUUGCAGAUCGCAUAUGCUUGCAGAUCGCAUAAUGGCUGUAACACAGCAAAGGCGUAA